CUAACAGCAUCUUGAUCACAUGCACACACACAGAAACACACAUUCAAGAAAACAGAUACACACACACAUACCAAGAGUGAGAACAUAAGAAGAGUUUCAAGAGAGAAGCAAAUAAAUCCUUUGGCUUGUUCUUCUGCUCUCAGUUUUUCAUUGCUUUGCAUCUCUGAUAUGACCCUGUUCAGUCCAAGAUACAUGAGCAUGAGUGGAGAGUUGAAGUCGAGCCGCUCCAGGGCAGCUAGUAAGAGGGCCAGCAACACCACUUAUGGAUCAGAAUGUGAUCUUGACUACGACAGCUACCAGGAGGACUACUGUGACAGGGCGUGUGACUACCAGCGUGUGCCAGCCUCUGUCUCUCCUCUCCCUUCGGGACCAAGUGGGGCCAAGAGAUCCCGCUCCUCCUUCUACUCCUACUCCAGCGGGCACAGACGCAGUCGAGACAGAACCCACUCUAAAAGCUCAAGAGCCCACUCCACAAGUUCAAAUACAGCCAAGUUGGGGAUGGAGGAGCUGCAAGUGAUUAAAAAGGAGCUGACUCUGAUAAAGACACAGAUCGAUGGGCUCCUUGACAGUCUUGACAGGAUGGACACACAGAGGAACGACCACAAAGACUCUCCCCUGAGAGAGGACAGUCCACUUAGCCUGUCCUAUGUCGUGUCGGCUAGCAGCCCGGAGCAUUCCCUUUCCUCCCUUUCCCCACCCAGUUCCCGCCAUCGGAUCCACAGGGAGAGCCCCAACAUGAAGAUGAGCAGUCACAGCUCUGACCCCGAGGAGGAAAUAUGAAGGACAAAUAUGAAGAAAAUGUAAAAGAUGUGCAUUAGGUGCCAAACAUGGACAAAGGGAAACAUAAACCUUCAAAUUAACACCCACCAACAGAUGCUCCCCGCAGGCUGGACAUACCAGUUCAGAUAGUAUAUUUAUUAUUUCCACAGCUGCUUGGUUUUACUUCACCUAGAAACAAGGAUGCAACAAAAAACGUGAAUAUGAUUAACAAGAUUAUUUGAGAUUAGCUUCAGAGAAAGAGGGUGAUGCCCUGAUCAUAUCUACACUGCUCAAAAAAUAAAGGGACACUUAAACAACACAGUAUAACUCCAAGUAAAUCAAACUUCUGUGAAAUGAAACUGUCCACUUAGGAAGCAACACUGAUUGACAAUCAAUUUCACUUGU